AUUUUUUGAAAAAUAAAAAUAAGAAACACAAAUGAAUUUUUUCUCUCCUCAAGCUCCAAGAAGCUCCUCUUCAUCCCUUUCCUCGUUCUGAUUGCCUCGUCCUCCUCCUCCUCUUAAAACCCUAACUACUCUCCUCCAACAAAUCACCAUCUUCUAGUUGUAUCACCACCUCUGUCGGCGGCGCCUCCGUCAACCACCUCUCCUUCUCCGCCGCUUCUAAUCUCGGUCUUGACGACAGUGUGGUUAUCUCGAAGAUUGUAACCGUGUGAACACUGCAGUCAUUAUUAAUUGGCGAAAAAGAGUGUCAGAAAAUCGGGUGUUACACUCUCCUCUCCCUUCUCUAUCUCUUCUAGUUUGUCGAAAAUGAAGUUGACUGUCAAGACUCUGAAAGGAAGCCAUUUUGAGAUUCGAGUUCAGCCCAAUGAUACAGUUAUGGCGGUGAAGAAAAAUAUUGAAGAUGUGCAAGGGAAAGACAAUUAUCCCUGUGGGCAGCAGUUGCUAAUUCAUAAUGGGAAAGUCUUGAAAGAUGAAACAACGUUGGCAGAGAACAAGGUUACUGAAGAUGGCUUCCUUGUAGUCAUGCUUAGCAAGAGCAAAACAUUAAGUGCUGGAGGAACUUCAAGUGCCCAGCCCACGCCUAGCCCUGCACCUAUUCCUGCAUCUAUUCCUGCACCUAGCACUGCGGCUGAAGCUUCUCCACCUGAAGAACAGAUGGACUCAGAGGGUGCAACAGAUUCUAAUGCUCGAAGCUCCAAUGCACCCACUGCUGCUCCUACCUAUGAUCAAGCUGCUUCUAAUCUAGUUGCCGGUACAAUUCGGGAAGAAACCAUACAGCAAAUUAUGGAUAUUGGUGGCGGACUUUGGAUUAGAGAUACAGUUAUCCGUGCACUUCGGGCCGCGUACAACAAUCCCGAGCGUGCUAUAGAUUAUUUGUAUUCUGAAAUUCCACAAACAGCUGAAAUUGUCGAGCCAGUGCCAGAGUUUCCCACAAUUCAGGCAAACGCUGCAACAGAAAGAGGGACAGCUACUACCCCUGCUUCUGGGGCACCAAAUGCUUCUCCACUAAAUAUGUUUCCACAGGAGUCACUGUCUGAUGCGGCUGCUGGUGGCUUAGGAUCACUUGAUUUUCUACGAAACAAUCAGCAGUUCCAGGCAUUGCGCAACAUGGUGCAAACGAAUCCUCAGAUUUUACAGCCAAUGCUUCAGGAGCUUGGAAAGCAGAAUCCAGAGCUUUUGAGAUUAAUUCAAGAUCACCAUGCUGAGUUCCUUCAACUCCUGAAUGAACCUCUUGAUGGGUCUGAAGGGGACAUAUUUGAGGAUCAGCCUGAGCAAGAUAUGCCCCAUGCAAUUAGUGUCACACAGGAAGAGCAGGAGGCUAUUGAACGACUUGAGGCAAUGGGUUUUGAUAGAGCACUAGUGAUUGAAGCAUUUUUAGCUUGUGACCGUAAUGAAGAAUUAGCUAUUAACUACUUGUUGGAGCAUGCUGAAGACAAUGAAGAUUAGACAGGAGGUUAAUUAUCUCUGAAUUGCUGAUUUUAGGGAAAUGUAGUUGUCACCAUCUGAUAUAGUAAAAAGCUUUGAGGACGAUAAUGGUUGAGAUCACAUUGGUGGAUAGCCUAUCUGUUUCGGCGAUUUUUUUUUCCUUUUUUUUUUUUCUCCCUCUUUGGCCUUGCCUUUUUGCUCUCUAUCCCUCAAAAGAAAGAGUCCAUUUGAAAUAUUUUUACAAGGUCGCAAAUUGAUGGUUAUUUACUUGCAUUUGGGAUAACAUGUGCAAUUUGUACUUGGUGAAAUGUGUUGGUUGCUUAUAAUAGUGCAGCCUACUAAAUAUUUGGAAAUCCCAGCUCGGCCUUAUGGAAAGUCUUGCCGGUUUAAUAUGAAAAUGUAGAUAUCAGUCUUUGAUUGACAA